AUGGCGCCACAGCUAAUCACCUCCCUCCUCCUCCUCCUCCUCCUUCCACUCUUCUUCUUCCCCCCUUCUUCUGCAAACCAAACCUACAACAUCGUCGACUACGGCGGCCACGCCGGACGCCAGGCCUUACUAAACGGCCCUUGCAGAAACAACCAUAUCCACAUUCACAUAAAGGGAACCAUCGUCGCUCCUUCCUCCUACACCUCGAACGAGCAAUGGAUAAUGUUCAAGAACGUCAAUGGCCUCACCAUCUCCGGCGGACUAUUCGACGGCAGAGGACAAGCUCUAUGGUCCUGCAAAACCAACAGCAACAAUCACAAUAGCUGCCCCAAUGGCUCCACUUCCCUCACCUUCGCUUACUGCAACAAUGUCCGGCUAAACAGAUUACGCUCUGUAAACAGCGAGCAGUUUCAUAUCUCUAUAUAUCGCAGCAGUAAUGUAAAGGUGAGGUACAUCACUGUCUCCGCCCCCUUCAACAGCCCCAACACUGACGGAAUCCACAUUGAAGGGUCCACAAAUGUUGCAGUUUUAGGUUGCAGAAUCGCUACAGGUGAUGAUUGCAUAUCAAUGGGACCUGGAGAUACCAAUAUAUGGAUUGAGAACAUUAGGUGUGGUCCCGGCCAUGGAAUCAGCAUUGGGAGCUUGGGGUAUAAAAAUGGACAGGAUGGAGUUCAGAAUGUGACUGUGAAGAACAUUCACUUCACCGGAACUCAGAAUGGUUUCAGAAUCAAAACAUGGGCGAAGCCCAACAAUGGCUUCGCUCAACAGAUCCUGUUCCAUAAUGCUUCCAUGAAUAAUGUGAAGAACCCCAUCAUCAUCGACCAGUACUACUGCCCUGAUCAUUAUAACUGCCCCACUGAAUCGUCCGGGGUGCAGAUUAGUGAUGUGACAUUCAGAGAUGUGUGGGGCUCGUCGGCGACGGAGACGGCGGUGACGCUGGAGUGUAGUGAGAGCCGGCCGUGUAAAGGGAUUGUGUUGCAGAACAUCAAGCUUGGCUAUAAUGGAGACGGUGAGGUUAAGAUGUUGUGUAGUAAUGUGCAUGGAAGGAGUUCUGGUCUGGUUAUUCCACCCUGCUGCAUCAGUGAAUGA